AUGAGGGAUUCUAAUGCUGAAGAUAUCAAACGGUGGGUUGAAAUUGCAGUCUCUAGCCAUGAUCAUGAGGAUGAGGAGGAGUGUAGUGAUAUGGAUUGCUGGAAUGAACCGAGUCAUGUUCCCAAAUGCUUGUUGGCGAGUCUUCAAGUUUUUAAAUGGUUACGAUACUUUGGGAGACCACAAGACAGAGAUCUCGCGGUGUACAUCUUGAAGAACGCUCGUUGCUUAAAGAAGGCAGUAAUGUUGGCUGAUUCAGUGGAAUAUGAUGUUCCAAGCGUUAAGAUGAUCAAAGAGUUGUCACUUUCUACCCGAGCUUCAAGCACAUGCGAACUCGUAUUUAAUGAGGACGAGAAUCAUAUUGAGGCAUAA